CGUGGGGGGCGGUGGGGAGUUAGUUGAGGGCUGUGUGGAGAGAGAGAAUGCCAGAAGAGGAGGAAGAUAAAUCUCUCUCUGUCCAACCCUCUGUUCCGUUCCUGGAUUCAUUCUUGGGAGUCCGUCACCGUCCCGCCUGCUGUGCUGCCUCUGGAUCUAAGUCUCCUGGAUUACAGCUCCGUUUCUCCGCUCAUUGCUCCUGACGCUUGAAUUUCCACGGCAGGCAAAGUUGGGCAUCCAGAGACUAUAUGUUGACUGCCUGUUCAUUUCCUCUUGAAUUUGUAUGCUGUUUGAGCUUCAAAAUGAAGUGUGAUUUUAAUAUGACAGAGAAAAGAGCUCCGUCUCUUUUUUGGGGAUUGUUUACUUAUAGGAUAGGCUAGUGAUUUUGAUAUAUUUUGAACUUCGUUGUCGCUGGUGAUUUGGUUGUGAGGGACAAGAUGAGUGGGGAGGGAGGUUAGAAAUGUAGGAAUUGUUGAUGUCUUUUCAUGUUUUAUUUUUAUCAAACAGAGACAUUCUAACCUCACUCACCCGUCUUUCUUUUUUACUGACGAUGUGACCUUAGUGGUCUCUGUUUUUCAGUGUUUUUUAGUGUUGCUGCAUUUAUUGCUCGUCACACUGGAGGGUCCGCUUUGGAUGUGUGACUGCACUUGAACUCUCACCGUCCCCUGCUCUUCCCUUUUCCAGGGGGCUCUUAACCUAGACCCUCUCUCUUUAACCCUGUGUAAAACCCCUCUCCCCUCUCUGGGGGCUCUCUCUGGACCUUCCCACCAUUUUCUGUUGCUUGAGGACACAGACAGCCCCGCCAGAAGAGGGGCUGUUGGGUAGGAAGACACCCCCCUCCCAAAGGUGAGAGGGGGGGGAAGAUGGCAGCUCUCGCCAGCUCUCUCAUCAGACAGAAACGGGCGGUCAAGGACGACGGACAAAACCGACCGGUAGCCAACAAGAGGAAGCCUUGUCCCAAGAGCAACAAGUCUCUGUGCCAGAAACAGAUCCUAGUCCUUAUCUCUAAAGUGCGGCUAUGUGGGGGUCGAAAAAGUCGAAAAGAAAAGAGACCGGAGCCCCAGUUGAAAGGCAUCGUGACCAGGCUGUACAGUCAGCACGGAUACUACCUGCAGAUGCAUCUGGAUGGCACCAUGGACGGCACAAGGGACGAAAGCAGCUCCUUCUCACAGUUCAACUUGAUUCCUGUGGGUCUGAGGAUCGUGGCGAUCCAGGGGGCGAAGACAGGGCUCUACCUGGGCAUGAACAGCGACGGGUACCUUUACACCUCUGAACACUUCACCCCCGAGUGUAAGUUCAAGGAGAGUGUGUUUGAGAACUACUACGUGACGUACUCCUCCAUGCUCUACAGACAGAGCCAGUCGGGCCGCUCCUGGUAUAUCGGUAUCAACCGCGACGGACAAGUCAUGAAGGGCAACCGGGUGAAGAAGACCAAAGGUGCUGCACACUUCCUGCCUAAAGUUAUAGAAGUUGCCAUGUAUAAGGAGCCAUCGCUACACGAGCUAGUCAACGAACAGAAAGAGAAAGAGAAAGAGAAAGAGAAAGAGAAAGAGAAAGAGAAAGAGAAAGAGAAAGAGAAAGAAGGCCCUGCCCAGAAGACAGUGAAGACGUCAGAAGAACGUCAUGAAAGAACUUUCUCCAUCAAGAACUGCAGGAAAGAAAAAAAAGCCCCCAAGGCUGAUGCCUCGUAGCACAGGGGACCGAUGGUGGGGGAAGGGCAGCAGUGACACUGAGAACUAAAUAGGGACUUAAUCGCCCAUCAUGCACUUGGGCUGGCUGGAGGAAUGGUCCCCUUUCCCCAGAAGUGCACUGGGCUGCACCAUGAUGAAGUGUCAGGGGUCAACAGCCCAUCAGGUCUGGGUCUGGGAGGAAUUCCUCUCACCUGCCACCAGAGAGGAAGAUAGACAAGGGCCCAAGUCAGCACCACCACCCUUCCUCCCUGUCAAUCACCUUUACCCCUUCUCCUCUAGCACACUCACUACCAAAGGCACAGCCUGUAUAAUCUCUCUGUCAUUCAUCUACUGCCUUCCCAUCACCUGUCCUAGUUUCUAGAAAUCACCUCCACUCGCGCACACACUUUAAUUUAUAAUUGUUGUAUUUUGAUGUGCAAAUGUGUGAUUGUGUCUGUGUGUAUGUGUGAGAGAGAGGUGUGUAACAAUAAUCACUUCAUGUCAUCAUAAUUACUACUCUCGAGUCCACUCUUCUAAUUAAUGGCAAUCACCGCGGUGAAAGUGUGACUAUGCCUGGCCUCCACCAUCUGUCCACCUGCAAAUCACACACCUCACAGCUGGAGGCGGGACAUCAAAAUGAUGUUUUAUUGGACAACAUCGGGGCGGGAUCUAUUUUUAUUUGGUAGCAGGGCUGUCUGUUGAACUGCAGUCAGCAAAUCAAUUUCAAAAAAGCCAAAUCAUCUGUUGAAAGAGACAAGUCAAGCAAGCCCUUUUGGGAUCAGAGUUAUAUCUACAGGCUACAAGAUGACCUUUUCUAUCUCCCUCUUUCAAAGUUCCUUUCUCUAACGAUCAAUCACAAUGAGGAAGGUAAUAAUGGAGGGAACUGAAGAAGUUUAUGAUAAUAAAUCAUGAGGAUGAUGAUGAUAAUAAUAAUUACAGUGGUUACGGUGAUUAUGGUGAUAAUGAUGAUUCAACUACUGUAUAACUUUGCAAUAAUCUCACAGACAGAAAUUUCAGGGUAUUCCAUUAUCUGAAGUGAAUAGCCAUUUUCCCUUCUGGAGCCAUGAAAGCACCAUGUCCAAAAAACUAUGAGAGCCCCGACUUGUACAUGACUGCCAUGUCUGGCCCACAUAACAGUAGCCUGACAGAGAUGAUUUCAGUUUGUGAUCAGCAGGCUGACUCUGAGCAUGUGAGAGCGUGAUGGAGCUAAAUACCCUCUGGGCCCAGAAUGAGGCUAUGUUAUUAUGAUGUAACUCUUUGAAGGUUCUUUCCAGGGGGUUUUAUGGAAUACAGCCAUCAUUGCUUGAAUUAUUCACCUACAUUUGUGUAAAAUGUUGUAACUAGUCUCUGCAAUAUUUGUACAGUUUUGAGUCUCUUUAAGAGCUGGGCUGUGUGAAAAGAGAAAGUCAGCUUUUUUGCAAGUGUGUGAGAUAGUUACUGAGUGAGUGGUUAUGAAUGCGCCUGCUUAACAAUCUCCCUAUUUGCCAGCCUCCCUAACUCAGCUUGUGGUGCUCUUUUUUGUUGACCAUAAUGCACAAAAAUACAGUAUUUCAGAGAACUUAAAUUGAUUAGAUUCUCUGUCACCUGAAAGGUAAUGCCAGUGAUUGUUGAGUGUAUCCUUUGCUUGGCAACUGUUGCCGACAUAAAGCCGAGUUUAAAGCUGACAUCAAAGCCUGAGGAGGCUCUGAGCUGGAGCCCCUACUUACUAUUCUACAGACGUCCCACUCCUUAUCCACUCACCAGCCUUAUCAAAUCAGCACAGAGGAAUCCACUCGCAAAUAUGGAUUUCUUUGUGUGCGUGGCUGUUUGUGAUUGUGUUCUUCCCCCAGUGUAGCGAUGUUUGUGGGAAUAUGUGAGUUUAUUUUGGGAGUGCAUUGUGUGUGCAUGCCUGUGUGUGCAUGUGUGGGUUUGUGUGCGUGCGUGUGUGUGUUAAGUGGGAGGUGACUUCUGCAAUGUCCUUCACCCUGAACAUAGGGCACUGGGAGGGCUCUCUUUGUGAUGUCCUUCUCUGGGGAGGUGACAUUUGUGGGGCAAAUGGCCACCUUUCAAACACAGCACUGUCACGGUAUUGUUAUUGGCCUGAGAGUGCUGCAGGUAUCAAUGGGCAAUAAAAUCUAAAACAAAUUGUGGACAACAGCACAGCACAACAUAUACAGGAACAGCCCAGUGUACAGAAGGUUGCUUUUCUAGGCAUGGGGAUAUGUACAGUAAAAUGCCGAAAGACAUUUCUGACCUUGUACAUAGCAGCGUAGCAUGUUCCUGCCAUGGCGACUAUGCUGUUAGAGUGAGCUAGCAUGCCAUUGUAUAUUACAGAGCAGCACUGCACUGACCUCCUUUAAUAUCCAGCCAAUGUGGAGACUUAUACCACAGUCUCUUGGAGAAUCCUGCUUAGAAAAAUCCAGUCGCAGUGGACUGCCUGUAAAUAUGUUGACCAACAUUACAGAAGAAUGCACACAGAGAGGGCGAAUAGAUACAAAUGUUCCAGAAUGUACAGACUGUGAGAUGGGUGUUUUCUGCAUGUUAUUAAGGACGAGAGUAUGUCUGAGAUGGUCUAGAGCAGUGGAUCCCAAACCUUUAAAAAACAUUUUUUACUAGGCAAGUCAGUUAAAACAAAUUCUUAUUUUCAAUGACGGCCUAGGAACAGUGGGUUAACUGCCUAUUCAGGGGCAGAACGAGAGAUUUGUACCUUGUCAGCUCAGGAAUUUGAACUUGCAACCUUCUGGUUACUAGUCCAACGCUCGAACCACUAGGCUGCCCUGCCGCCCCGUAUAGUCCUGUAUCCCUUCAAACAUUCAACCUCCAGCUGCGUACCCCCUCCAGCACCAGGGUCAGCGCACUCUCAAAUGUUGUUUUUUGCCAUCAUUGUAAGCCUGAAACAC